AUGUCAAAACGCCCGCACGACUCGAGUUCGAGCAGCUCGGAGGACGAGACAGGCGAACCACCGGCCAAGAAACUCAAGCAGCGGGCGAAACACGACAGACCACCGCGGGCUAGUCUCUUGGGGCUUACGGGUGAGCUUCGCAACCAGAUCUACAGACUCGCUAUCGUGGGACCCGAUCGAGUCACCAUAGAUGCCGCCAACCCGGUACCACCGCAACCUGGCCUAUUGAGAACCUGCCGACAACUACGCAACGAGACUCUGGACAUAUUCUACCGAGAAAAUAGCUUCAGAUAUAGGGUAGUUGACUUGAAGUUGCCCAUGCGGCCAGACUAUCCUCGAGCGACAGUGUCAAAAUACGUCGUGAGUUUCGCAGGAAUCAGCACUGGCACACAUGUACUCAAUUGGCAGAACUUCUACCGAUGGCUGAAGGACUAUCACUACCACAGGGCGAACAGAUUCCUCGCCGGACAUAGUACACACUCGAUCAAGGCGUUGUGUGGCGCUUUCAAGAUCGUCCGUCAACUCAGAACGAAUCCGCAGAUCAAGUGGGAAGAGGUCGAGAAAGUACUUGAGGCGUGGAAGGAGAGCGUUGCUUUCGGAGGCGCAAUCACCUGGACAUAG